AAGAAACUUCACCCCUAAACCGCAAUCCCACGCCACUUUCUGUGUUUUAAAACACACGAUUGGAUUUACAACUGGUCUCCCGACAUCCACAGAACUUUUUAUCCAGGAUAUUUUUUAGCAAAAAAACUCAAUAAUAUGGGAAAAGAAAAUAUCACUUUUUUGACAGUUUGGAUAAUUUUGGGGAAAAUCUUUGCAACUUUUUCUUCUGACCCUGAACCCACCACCGACACUGUGUUUGUAAACACCACAGUCACCACUACUCCCCUGCCCACCACUGCUGAAUGGAUCACAGACUACACUGACAUUGUGUCCAAGUUCUCCCUGCGCACAGUGGACACCCCAGAUGAUGACAUGUGCUACAUUGUGGCCGGGAGUCCAGAAACCAUCAAGGAGUGUGAAUUCAACUCAGAAACACAGACCUUCAUAGUGAUACAUGGCUGGACGGUAACAGGGAUGUUCGAAAGCUGGGUGCCCAAGCUGGUGUCUGCUCUCUAUGAUCGCGAGCCCAGUGCCAAUGUGAUCGUUGUGGACUGGCUGACCCGCGCCAACCAGCACUACCCGACCUCCGCAGCCUACACCAAACUAGUGGGACGCGACGUCGCCAAGUUUGUUACUUGGCUACAAAACGAGCUGCAGUUGCCCUGGGAGAGGAUUCAUCUGCUGGGUUACAGUCUGGGAGCACAUGUGGCUGGAAUCGCUGGAGACCUCACUGACCAUAAAAUCAGCAGGAUAACAGGUCUGGAUCCUGCUGGUCCCACCUUUGAGCACGCAGACAACCAGGACACCCUGUCCAAAGAUGACGCCCAGUUUGUGGAUGUCCUGCACACCAACACCAGGGGCUCCCCAGACCGCAGCAUUGGCAUCCAAAGACCCGUGGGCCACAUCGACAUUUACCCCAAUGGAGGCACUUUCCAGCCGGGCUGCGACAUCCAGAAUACAUUGCUGGGGAUUGCAUUAGAAGGCAUCAAGGGCCUCCAAAAUAUGGACCAGCUUGUCAAAUGUUCCCACGAGCGCUCCAUCCACCUGUUCAUCGACUCUCUGCUGAACACCCAGCAGCAGAGCAUGGCCUACCGCUGCAACUCCAAAGAGGCCUUUAACAAGGGUCUGUGCCUCAGCUGCAGAAAGAACCGCUGCAACAAGCUCGGCUACAACAUCAACAAGGUCCGCAGGGCCCGCAGCACCAAGAUGUACCUCAAGACCCGUGAAAUGAUGCCAUACAAAGUUUUCCACUAUCAAGUGAAGGUGCAUUUCUUCAGCAAGGACCAAAUGAGCUUCACAGAGCAGCCAAUGAAGAUUUCUCUGUAUGGAACCCACGGAGAGAAGGAGGACAUUCCCUUCGUCCUGCCGGACCUGAACGGUAACACCACUUUGUCCUUCCUCAUCACCACUGAUGUGGACAUCGGAGACCUGAUGAUUGUGAAGUUGCGCUGGGAGAAGGACACUAUCAUCAGCUGGUCAGACUGGUGGGGCAGCAGCAAGUUCCACAUCCGCAAACUGCGCAUCAAGUCUGGGGAGACCCAGUCCAAGGUGAUCUUCAGUGCAAAGGAUGGAGAGUUUGCUUACCUGGAAAGGGGAGGAGAAAACGCAGUCUUUGUCAAGUCAAAAGAAGACAAACUGAACCGUAAAGAGAAAUUGAUGCACAAACUGAAAAUGCAGGGCAGUCUUUUUGGGCAGAGUGACGCUUGAAGUUGCACUUCGCAAACGCCCAAGCAUCAUGCACAUCAUCCAUUUCUACAUACAUAGCCAAAGAUAAACUGCACACAGCAACACUGGGAGAGCCUUUCCAAGUAACUGGACAUUUACUGAAUGCUGCAUUUUUCUGAUUUUCUUCCUGUUGUGCCUCAUGACUUCAACUCCCAGUGCAACCAACACAACCUCUGCUGCAGUGCUGGGAAUCUGCUCACGAGCUCUCUCCUGUCUCUCUGCAAAUUCUGCUGCUGAAAAAUGUUACAGGUUUCUUUGUGAUGAUGUGCUCACGUUUGACAAAUUAGACCUUUUGCUGCAUACCUUUGUAAUCAUUUGUUUAUGCCUUUGCAGCCUAUAUGUACUGUUUAUACUGAUGAAUUUUGAACCCCUGAACUGGUGUGUAUUCCUUGCCAAUGUGAACUUGGAUUAUUGUAAAUAUAUAAAUGAUUCAGAGUGAUAGGCAUAA